AUGACGUUUCAGUUAUUUACACCGCACCACCGCGAUUAUUAAUUGUAUUAGGCACUACUUGUUUUCAAACAAAACCAAACAGAACGAAUUUUUAACAUAUUAAUAAAUAUAGUGUUAUGUAAAUCUAUCAGCUGCAAUAAGAACGUCAUACAAUAUAUAUUGGGCAAAAAGGAAGUGAAACACAAACAGCAUUUGGUGUGGUUGCUUGCUAUAGAAUAUUUAGUAAAGGAAGGGGCGCGGCGUCUGGCAACAAGCAACAUCAUGGGGUUUAUGUACAUUUUAAGUUGGAUUGCACUAGUAUUACAAAUUAUAUUUGUAACCAUAUCAAUUGCCGCUGGUCUGUACUACAUAGCUGAAUUGGUGGAAGAGUACACGAGUGCAGCGCGAAAAAUGAUUCUCAUGAUGAUUAGUUUUACCAUGUUUGUUUACGUUAUGUUUAUAUUCUGCGAUGAGUUGCCAUGGAGCAUCAUAAUAAUGGGAUUUAUUACUCAGUUCCUGCAUCUGUCCAUAAUGAGCAGUUUUCCGUUUAUUCGAUUUUUAUCGCUGCCCUUCAUUGGUACUGUCGUGUGUCUGAUAGCUAAUCAUUUAUUGGCUUUCCAAUAUUUUACAUCAGUAUACUACCCCUUUACACAGAUUUUAGCCUAUUUUACAAUCUGCUUAUGGAUGGUGCCAUUUGCUUUGUUUGUAUCAUUGAGUGCAAACGAUAAUGUUUUGCCCACCACUAUUAACGACAGCCAUUUGGCCGCCAAUCAAGAUGUUGUUAGCAAUUAUUUCUCGCGUGGCAAGAAACAAGGUCUACUUUCACUGUUUAACUAUUUAAAAGACAGUAUUAUGCCGGGUCGUAAUAAAAAAUCUUUUUGAAUUUGAUCAAAUCACUAGAAGAGCUUUAGCAAGA